UCUCAUUUUAUUUCUUGUGUGUUAUAUUUAAAGAAGAUAGAAGGAAAACAAAAGACAGUGUUAGAUGUCUUCUUAUUUGCUAGGUUGAUUCUUGUGUUGUGGAAGCGAUAAAACCUUUUGAGUUUAAACUGCAGAUCUUGUGGUUGGUGUUGAUGGAAGAAGUGAAAGGACAAAGUGGAAAUGGAACCACAGAAGCAGAUUUUGUGUUGCAAUGGGGGGAGAGAAAAAGAGUUAGAUGCAUGAAAGUCAAGAAAGAUCAGAGCCUCACGUCAAGUGAUGGUUUGUCUAAGCGUAAACUCAUCAUGUCCCCAGCUGGAGGCUCCCCUUCUCGACAUCUUAACCGUCCAAACAAGAUCAUAGAUUCUCCAGGUAAUGUGAGGAGAUCGCUUGUGGCAUCACUUGUGGCAUCACCUGAGAAGGAAGAUAGAUACUACACAACGAGGGGUUCUGUGGGUACAGAUGAGAGUGGAAAAGUAGCUGUGAAGGAAACCAAUAAGGAUGAGUGGCCAAAGCUGUUUAUAACUUUGUCAAAUAAAGAGAAGGAAGAAGAUUUCUUGGCUAUGAAAGGGUGCAAGCUUCCUCAAAGACCCAAGAAACGAGCCAAAUUGGUUCAGAAGGCAUUGUUUCAGGGGAGUCCAGGUACUUGGUUGUCAGAUAUGUGCAAAGAAAGGUAUGAAGUAAGAGAGAAGAAGACUCCAAAGAAGCGGCCAGGUGGAUUGAAGGCAAUGGGAAGCAUGGAAAGCGAUUCAGAGUGAAGAGCGAUAGACUUGAGAAAUGUUCAAGAAUUUGGUGAAUGGAAUAGAAAAUGGAUUUGUUUUAUUUUUUCAUUACAUUUUGAGAUGCUUAUCUGUCAUUAUACAUGUCUAAAACUAAUCUAUAGCUUUCCUGAUAAAAAAUCUCUUUUCUUACCU